GAUGGUUUGCGAAAUGGUGGCGCUUGUCGUGUCGGAACGGGGAGGUUUGUUGGGUUCGGUGAGGCUGAGCGUCCUCCUUGAAUCUCUGCCCUUUUAAAGGGUAGUUAGGAGCGAGGGAGUUCGAAGGGCUCCUCGGCCUUGGUAUCUGGGUCUUUUAGGCGGCCCUGGUUACUUUUGUGACUCUUUCGGUUUUUACAAAGUUAACGGGCAUGAGCAAUCUCUCUGCGGAGGCGCCUCGAAACAGUGCUUCCAGUCAGGAGGAUAACUAGCAGAAAAAAACCCCCCUAGUUCCGCGACCUGUGAAGUUUUGCCGUGAAGCUCGAAUUGACACGCUGGGAAACAGCUGGGAAGUCUGGGAAGUGUCUGGAUUCCUCUUCCAUCCUCUUGAAACGCUCUGGAAUGUGCCUGUUAUUCACUGGGGAAAGGCGCGCUUUUUGUGGAUGCUGAAGUUAGGCAGCAGUAGUUUUCUGGUUUUUCCUUUGCGUUUUCCCAAAGUACAGACACGUUGCAACGUGGUGCUGUAUAGGCGAGCCUAUUUUCUGUUGCUUCUGAAAGGUUUUGGACUAUGAACUGUCUGGGCUCCCUAAUUUUAUCAUAAAGAGUUUUUCAGUUCUGGUCUGUUGCUUACUUUAUGUAAGAUGCAGACUUUGUAUCAUCUUUCUUCGGUUCUGCCAACUUUUCUGUUAAAUACGGUGUCAACAUUAAGUCAUGUGUACCAAAUGUUAUCUUUUGAGCGCAAUAUGAGUUGUUACUGACAGCUGGAAGGUAACGUCACACGGAACACAUAAGCAGGAAGCUAGAUAGCUAGUGUAAAUGUGCAUUAUUCAGUGCUUCGGUUUAAGCUCAGUUGUUUAGGCUUAACAAAACAGGAAGCUACUGUCAGUUCAGCUUGAUGAUAUCGUUAGUUUCGCUAUUCCAAGUGGUGUUAAAUCAAUACCCAAUUUAAAAGUUUUUGUAAGCUGGUUGAACUUGCUUUUGGGGUUGGAGGAGGGUAAGCUGUUUGUUGGGUUUUGUUGAUUUUAAAUUGGAAAAAGAGAAUAUAAUUUCUAUUUCACUUUUGCAGUGAGAAGGGUGAUCAGGGUAACUUAAGGGUUUUGUCAGUUCGAACUGGAACGUCCACUUGAUAUUGUGGUCACGCUUCCUGUCACAAACUUGGGCGUAAUGUUGUGGCUUAGCGUUUUACGGCUGCUUUGCUGUGUCGCAGAAGUGGGGGAAUGUCAAGAACAGACAGAGCACUUGAUGUAAUUCAUGCUUACUUUAUGAGGGGCAGGAGUAGGUAGUAUUUUUCAAGCGGUUUCUCACUGGAAGGCUGCUGGAAGCAUAGCUGUUUAGAAAAUGAACUUUGGUGACUGAAGGUGGUGGGCGCAGCUUUAUAAAGGAGGACAAAAGUUUGACACGUGUCUCGGUAAUUAUUACAGAGAAAACAGAAAAGCGAGUACUGCUGUUGUACGCUGCCCGGGAAGAAGCGAUUCUUAAAAUACAGAGGUAAAGCGAUGUGGUGGUUUGCGUAGACAAAAAUCCACAUGCUAAUUGUUAUUGUCUACUUCUCUUUCAGAUUGAAGCAAGUGAAUUCUGAUACGACUCAACUUUGUUAGAGGGCUUUUUUUAAAAAAAAGUUGAUCCACAGUGCAUCAGAGCAAGUUACUACUUUACUUUUGAGUGACUUACAGGUGCUUGCCUGCAUUGCAAUAAAGGACUCAUAUAUUGAGCAAGACUUAUUUAUCUCUUCGUUUUGGAGAGUCUAAUAAACUGUUAUUACAGUUUCUGUACUGACUUUCAAAGUUUUGAAGUCUAAAAAGACAUCUUUAAAAAUACAAGCAUGAGCACGGCCAGAACAGAGAACCCUGUUAUAAUGGGUCUAUCCAGUCAGAAUGGGCAGUUGAGAGGCCCUGUAAAACCCAGCGGGGGCCCAGGAGGUGGAGGCACACAAACUCAGCAACAGAUGAACCAGCUGAAAAAUGCCAACACAAUCAAUAACGGCACUCAACAGCAAGCACAGAGUAUGACCACCGCUAUCAAACCUGGCGAUGACUGGAAGAAGACUUUAAAACUCCCUCCAAAGGAUUUGAGAAUCAAAACUUCGGACGUGACCUCCACGAAAGGAAACGAGUUUGAAGAUUACUGUUUGAAACGGGAGUUGCUGAUGGGAAUUUUUGAAAUGGGCUGGGAAAAACCGUCUCCUAUUCAGGAGGAGAGCAUCCCCAUUGCUUUAUCUGGUAGGGAUAUCUUGGCUAGAGCGAAAAAUGGAACAGGCAAGAGUGGAGCCUACCUCAUUCCUUUACUUGAACGGCUAGACUUAAAGAAGGACAAUAUACAAGCAAUGGUGAUUGUUCCCACCCGUGAACUAGCCCUGCAGGUCAGUCAAAUCUGUAUCCAAGUCAGCAAACACAUGGGAGGUGCCAAAGUGAUGGCAACAACGGGAGGAACCAAUUUGCGAGAUGACAUAAUGAGGCUUGACGAUACAGUGCAUGUGGUGAUAGCUACGCCUGGGAGAAUUCUCGAUCUCAUCAAGAAAGGAGUAGCAAAAGUUGAGCAUGUCCAGAUGAUAGUAUUGGAUGAGGCAGACAAGUUGCUGUCUCAAGAUUUUGUUCAAAUAAUGGAAGACAUUAUUCUCACGCUACCUAAAAACAGACAGAUUUUGCUCUACUCGGCCACUUUCCCUUUGAGCGUACAGAAGUUCAUGAAUUCCCAUUUGCAGAAACCCUAUGAGAUUAAUCUGAUGGAGGAGCUGACCUUGAAGGGAGUUACCCAGUACUAUGCCUAUGUCACUGAGCGUCAGAAAGUGCACUGCCUCAAUACGCUGUUUUCCAGGCUCCAGAUUAACCAGUCGAUCAUUUUCUGCAACUCCUCUCAACGGGUUGAACUGCUAGCCAAAAAGAUCUCCCAGCUGGGCUAUUCCUGCUUCUAUAUCCACGCUAAAAUGAGGCAGGAGCACCGCAAUCGUGUGUUCCACGAUUUCCGAAAUGGCUUAUGCCGCAAUCUUGUUUGCACUGAUCUGUUUACCCGAGGUAUUGAUAUCCAAGCUGUGAAUGUGGUGAUAAACUUUGAUUUCCCAAAGCUGGCAGAGACUUAUCUCCAUCGUAUUGGCAGAUCAGGUCGCUUUGGUCAUCUUGGCCUGGCCAUCAACUUGAUCACCUAUGAUGAUCGAUUCAACCUGAAAAGUAUCGAGGAGCAGUUGGGAACUGAAAUUAAACCCAUACCGAGCAACAUUGACAAGAGCCUGUAUGUGGCAGAAUACCACAGUGAACCCGUAGAAGAUGAGAAACAGUAAACAUGCUCUGAUUACACACGCCAGAAGGUGAAGCCCUUUGAUCCAGAUCUGUGACACAUCGUUUCUUUGGGGAUACCCUUCUCUUUGUGGGUUUUUCUUCGUCUUUUCAUUUCGGAACUAUGAAGACUAAAGAGCUCGGCCUUUUUUUCUUUUUAAAUUUGGCAGCAAGGAAGAAAGAAGAUAAAAGGAGGAAUGUCUUUUUGUUUUUCCACUUGUUUGCACUGUGUGCUGAUUGAACAUUAGUUGCACUAACUGCUGGUUUUAAAUUUUUUUUUUCUUUGGGUGGGAGGGGCAGCAAGGGAAGAAGAGAAACCCUGAAAAGAGAAGAAUCUUGAUGAACACGAGCUUGUCUGCUAUUUCAAAUUCUUCAACCAUCGACUGAGUGCAUUUCAACUUCUCCCUGGUUACUCAUCUGGUUUUAAGCUAAAGAGCUUGUUACUUAUUCGUGCAAAGUGCCUUAUGCUAUGAGACCAUUCAGAGCAUCACCUUUCCGACGCAGCCCAAGGAAUCGACAACCGUUUUUGGUUUCAGGUCAAAGUUCCCCUCUCUUCCCCCUCUCCUCCUCCCCAAGUACUCAAGCCCAGGGCUGGGAGGUGAAACGUAUCAGUAAUACUACUUUUUUCUUCAACUUUUUUUUUUUUUUUUAAUUGGAGGAGUUGAUAUGCAUCUGCAGUUCACCCACGCUGUAAAUACCUGUAUUUAAAACGAAACCAACUUAAAAUCUGGGCUGAUUAGGUGCAGCAUCGUAGCUCCAGAAGGAAAGAGUAGCCUGUCAUCCUUUGCAGGAGCCAUAAGAAAAGCCCUACGCUCUAGCAGAACACUAAAGACUGGUUUCCAUAAGAGUCUCCAUUAGUAGUUACAGCACUUGAUACGUAGACUUCUUUCAGAGCCAUGGCCCUCUUUCCUCUGGUGCAGUGUGUCCCAUAGAAAAUCAGAUGUGUAUAUUGUACAAACUUUGUAAAUAUGAUUUUUUUUUUUUUUUUUUUCCUGUUUGGGUUCAUAUAUAACUUUUUCUUUUGUGAUGAAGGUUGCUGGGGUUAAAGGGAUUAGACUGAUUAUGGGAGCAGCUAAAGAUGAGAGGGGCUCAGUUUUCUGCAACACUAAACAAUGAGAAGUGCUCUGACCUCCGUGGAGAGCAGGCCUCUACAAGCGUCCCUUGUCAGGGUGGGUUUGCUCUGGUGCUAGCAACGCUGUCCCGUACCGCUCGUGCAGAGGAGAUCACUCGUGGGUCUGUGAGGUCUCGAAAUCCGUAGCUCGGCCUGUUGGGAGAUGCUCUUUGAUUUCCCCCCUAGAACCUUCAGGAACUUGACAAGCUCUGAAGGGGGCCGUGAGCUGUGUUCCACCCCGGCGUGAGGGAAAUCCGGCGGGUGCCAGUGUUGCUGAGCAGUAUAUGCAUAAGGCGUGGAUUUGGGUUUAAGAGAAACCACAGAAAACCACUUUACAUGCAUAAACUGACAGUUCUGGAGCUUUGUGGGAUCGAUUGACUUCCCGCAGCAUUGUGCGUUUUCUGCCCAGAGCGGCCUCUGUCCAGACUUGUGAGCAGGUAAGGGCAAGCCCCCGAUAAUGUCAGAAGCUGCAGAAAGCUGCUUGCCAUCUCCUCUGUUUUGGCAUGAAUUGCUGUCUGUCAUUUUGCAUUGUAUAUUGCUGAGAAGCGCUUUCCGGUCGAGUAGUGUUGCUUUAAAUUGUGCCCCUCCCAACAUGCUUGAUGUUUGGCCUGAUCUACAGGCAAGAGGAGUGAGACAAAUCAAAAACUGUACUCUUUUUAAAUUCCCUUUUAGCCUGUUCACCAACACUGUCAGGAGGCACCUGGACGAACGCAAUCCCUUUUGCUCGGUCGUUUAUUGCAUAUACAGAUGCUGCACUCACACCACGCUCGCUUACCUUUGAGGCAGGAAUUACUUGUCUUAAUUUCUCCCCGUUUUGACCCUUUCCCUUUUUUUAAAUUCAAGUAAAAUCGUUUGGGACUACGAGGCGGACUCGCCCGUCCGUUCCCUCGCGGAUCGUAAAUAGAAGCCAGGUGCCUCCUGACAACACCUCUACAGGAUGGAAAGGUUUUUGCGUUUGGGAUUUUUUUUUUCCUUCUGUCCGCAGUGACUCCGUAAUUGUAGCAAAUGCUGCACUAGAGUACAAACUCGAGCUUGGUCACAGACACUCUGUGAGCCACACAGCUUACAUCUGACUGGCAGGUACUAAAUGUAAACAAUUUUGGGGUGCUUUUGGGGGGUGGGGGGUGGGAGUUUGUGGGUGGUGACUUUGACCAAAAGUAAAACCUUGCUCUUGUACUGCAGCCAGCGUAUGAUUUUUUCCAGAGACAGAAGAGGGAUCAUUUUAGUGCAACAAAGACGAGAAAAAUGUAAAUACAAGUUUUGUAUCUUACCGGGGCACGCACACGUAAGAGAACAGGAUAGCGAUGGCGAGUCAGACGUGUGUGCUCUGCUUGGAUGUGUGGUAGGUUAGCCUGGUGCCAGGCCUUGAUGGUCCCUCUUGAAGCACAGAACUUUUGAAAGUAUUACUUUAAACUUGGCCUCUAAUUGAGGAUUGGCACUUACCUGAACUAUCGGGGGCACCAUUUGUAGGUGGCUUCUUGUCAAGGAGGAAGCGGCCUAUUUUUGGUGCUGGUAGGCUAUCUCUAACAGACGUGAUCUUGCAAAUGGAAAGAUGCUCCAAAGGACUAGGAUAAUCCUAGUUUUUUUGGGUUUGGGGUUUGGUUUUUUGUUGUUUUUUUAUUUUGUUUGGGGUUUUUUGUUGGUUUUUUCCCUGUCCAGGAGGCAAGGAGCGUGUGUAAACCUUGGCUUCCCGAGAUUCCUUGCGAGCUCCUGGUUUUGCUGGUCACGUGCCAGCCUUCACACUUAGGCAUUAGUUGGAGCCUUCAGCGAUGAGCCCUGGGUCAGAUACUUCCUCUGACAAAGACGAUGCGAUUGAGGAUCUGACGCGUUCUGCGCUUUUCCCCUCGGAAGUCUAUAAACGUGUCACUCCCUGAAUCUGAUGAAAUGGAGCUUCACGGCUGGGGGAGGUGGCUGUGAAGAGGGUGAAGCGAGUCUUCAGCUGGCCCGCUUGAGAGAAGCCGCAGGCUGGUCUCUGGGCGCGCGCCGCAGUUGCCGGAGGGCUUUUCCCAAAGGGGAGGUGGGGGGUGGGCUGGUCUCAAAUACGUGUUUCAAUUUCCAGAAUGAGAUGGGAGCAUCUUUCCUUUGCCCUCUGUGACUUUUUUUGUGGGUAAGAACAGGGAAGCUCAACAUGAAUUCAUGUUGCGUACGUGUUGGUAUCAAAUCAUCUCAUUCUGAUAUUUUGUUCUUUAUUUUUUACUUGGGAUGGGGGAGGGUGUCUGCUCCAAGAAUUUAAAAAUGCUUCACACGCCUGUUUGUUUGGGAGGUUUUGGGGGGGGGGGGGGGUUUGGUUUUGCGGGUUUUUUGUUUGUUUGUUUUUUCAAAUGACUGAUAGGACAGAAACCUGAGCAGACGGCUGUCCUGCCUCGGUUUCUGUUCUAGAGCUUAGGGAGAUGCCGCGGCAGCAGUUCUCGUCCUGGUGCUGGACUCUGUAGCGCAGCUGGGGCCGAGCCGCUGUUGCUUUCUGAGGACGGAGUGAAUCUUGUUCCCAGGAACUCCAGCGGUACGGCCGCCGUGGUAAAGGUUGAGCACCUGUAGGCUGUGCAGGGAGCUUUCUGAUGGCUGUGACUUCUGGUCCAUCUCCUGUGAAUCGCAGUUUUAUCUUUGUCAUAAAGCGGGUCCCUGGACCAAAGAGCACGCAUCUGAUCUUCAAAGCGAGGCUUUGGCAGAUUGUCCUAUAGGUUUUGCUCAGUUCACCGGUCGCGUUGCUGAAAUGUCCCUGCGUGGAAGCAUUGUUAAAUUCUGCCGUAGACAGGUUAGGGAAGGGUAAGGAGGGGUGGGGGGAGGGAUGGGUUUAUUAAGAUACGGCCUUGCUGUAUUUUAACCAAUAAUUACGGGGAAGGGGUGUCAGGAGAAGAAAAUAGUCGCUGUUCCCUUUAUUGAAAGAAACUGGAACUUUUAUUUCAAGACAAGAAAUUAUUUGCAAUUCGGGUGGACCGUCGUGAUCCACCGGUCCCUAGUCAAGAAGUUGGUGUUCUUACCGUUAACCAGCAAACAAUGUGGACUAGUCCUUGAAAACAUUCAGGGGAGGGAGGGGAAAAUUGGCGUUCUGUUAAAUCGGUAAUUGGCAAACUCUCCAGCGGAGCUCGGAUUUUGUUGAGAAUGUAUUUUCUCUGGCUGUACGUGCGUCGCAGCACUGACUCGUGAAGAGCUUCACGAGUUCGGAGUGCAAAAAAAA